AUGCCUUACGACCUCCCUUUUUCUUGCUGGUCACCGUUUUUCUUGGUUGCAAUACCCUGUUCUGCGUCUGCCUACAGGACCUCUUCUCGCCCUCAUGCGAGAGGCGAUCCCUCUGUCCAGUCAGCUUACAUGCCUCUAAGCCUCUUGACGUCAAAACGCGCCGCGGAUCCUCCUCCUCCCCCCACGGCACAUCUCUCUCUCUCUCUCUCUUUUUCUCCUUCUCCCAACUUACCCUGCCCACCGUGA